AUGGGUGCUAUUACUGUCACCGAAGAGUUCACCAGUCCUAUCUCCGCCUUGAGACUGUUCAAGGCCUUGAUCCUUGAUGCCGAUAACCUUAUUCCCAAGAUUGCUCCUCAGGCUAUCAAAAAUGUCGAGAAAAUUGAAGGCGAUGGAGGCCCUGGAACCAUUAAGCAAAUGAAUUUUGCUGAAGGUAGCGAAUUCAAGUACGUGAAGCAUAGGAUCGAUGCACUAGACAAGGAAAACAUGAGUUAUUCGUACACAUUGAUAGAAGGUGAUGCGUUGAUGAACAUACUUGAGUCGAUUUCUUAUGAGAUUAAGAUCGAAUCCACUCCAGAGGGAGGAACCAAGGGUAAAAAUACUAGCACAUACAACACUAAACCGGGUGUGGAAAUCAAAGAAGAGGAUAUUAAGGCUGGUAAAGAGAAGGCUGCUGGUGUGUUCAAGGCUGUGGAAGCUUACCUCUUGGCAAAUCCUGAUGCCUAUGUUAAUUAA